CAUACCUCAACAGUCACAACAAUUGGGGGAAACAGUGAAUAUUAUUUUCAAAUACUGCUACGUUUAGUGAAAUUUAAUUAGAUUAGACGCAUUUUUUAGUGAAAGUUCUUAAAAACAUACGAAAUUUUUCAAAACUGUAAAAAUGUUGACACAAUUCUGUUGCUUGCGUUUGGAAACCACUGCAAAAAUAAUCGGUUGGUUGGGUAGCUUUGUAACUAUCGUUGUAGUUAUCAUUUGCGCAGAGUUGUUAAGAAAUGCGCGUGCUCUUGUUGGAACUUUGACGAGAAGAGGCUAUCAUUUUGACGAUCCAGAGGGCGCUGGAACUGUUCUGAUCAUUAUACUUGCUGUCAGUAUUGUUGUUCUUUUCAUCAAUGCAUUUGCAAAUGCUGGUUUGGUGUUCGGCACAAUCAAGAAAUAUCACAAGUUGAUCCUGCCCUGGUUGAUCAUCACCGCUCUAGGAACUGUGCUUAGCUUAGUAGCACUAAUUAUUUAUGGGUUUUAUAGUGCCAUUUUCGGAGUUGUCUUUAUUACAUAUCUCUGGAUUGCCAUGUAUUCACUAUACAGCAAAAUCAAGACGGAAAAUGAGCAACGUUCCUUUAAACGCCGCGCUAGAUCUAUUGCAGGCAACUUGCGUAAAAAAUAUAUUAAAUAUUGCAUAUACACUGUUUAUAUGUAUAAAUAUAUAUGCAUAUUUAGUUUUAUACAUGUAAUAACAGUAAUAAUUUGCAUUUACAAAAUGACUUUGCCUCAUACAAAUCGUUUCUGCCAUUAAUUAGCCAUUUUUUAUACACUAGGGUGGGUAAAAAAAAAUCGAAUAUUACUUUUUCGCACACAGAGACUUAGAGCAAUAAGUUUGCUACAAAUCUAUGAGUUUUCAGAAUUAUAAUGAUUGUAAGAAACAAAAUAAUCAUUUUUUUUGCCUUAAAUUAAUCAAUUUUUAAACGUUAAUAUCUUUUAAACGGUUAAGUUUACGAAAAAUUGUUUUGGACCAUUUUCAAAGAGCAUUCAAUUUCCUACAAGUUCUAUGAAAUAUGUUUUCAAGUAGUUGAAAGCGAGAUAUGAAUUUUUCCAUCUAAUAAUAAGAAAAAAAUUAGAAAAUUGUUAGGCGGAGGAGCUUCCCGUUACAAUUAAGAGCUCAUACUUGAAGAGACUUUUUUAGAGAUGUCUAAAAACAUACUUUUCAGAGUACCAGCGAAAAAGAAUAUUCGCUUUUUGACCCACCCUAAUAUAUUUAGCUCGGAAGUUAUUUAUAAUUUCUUAAUAAAUUUUCUAAUGAUUAGUUGCUUAUAAUUAUCAAUACAAGCGCCAACUAAUGUUGAUUGUAACGCAAGCGAGUAAUUAAACGUCGCGUGUUUGUAUAAAUAUGUA